AAGUGACUCCGCUAUGCUCAGGUGUAUCGUUUACAACACCUGCACCACGGAAGUACACCUGUGACCUCGCGGCUAUCAACACAGGAAAUACUCGAGCACUACCGUGGCUUUUCUCCACGACUUAUUUUAGACUCGCACAAGUUCCAUUACCUUAUUGAAUCGACACUACUACGGAUUAAUCUGUUUGUCUGUCGGGUUGUAAAUAUGGCAGAUAUGUCUCCAUCAGUGCGUUUGCAGGAGAUGAUCCGAGUGAUCCGAAGCGCCCGAACGCAGGGAGAGGAGCGAGGCGUCAUCCAGAGGGAAUGUGCGGCCAUCCGCGCACAGUUCCGACAGGGCGACAAUGGGAGCCGAUCACAUAACCUGGCCAAACUGCUCUAUGUGCACAUGCUAGGGUACCCUGCACACUUUGGACAGAUGGAGUGUGUGCGACUAAUUGCUAGCCCCAGGUAUAAUGAAAAGCGCAUUGGUUACUUAGGUGCUAUGAUGCUUCUUGAUGAAAAGCAGGAUGCCAGUCUUCUCAUCACCAACUCUAUCAAGAAUGACCUGUCCCAUAGUAGCCAGUAUGUCCAGUCUCUGGCCCUGUGCACGUUAGCCUGUAUGGGCUCAGCAGAGAUGUGUCGUGACCUGGCGCCAGAGAUUGAGCGACUCCUCAGAGCCUCCAACUCCUACAUCAAGAAGAAGGCUGCACUUUGUGCUGUGCACAUUGUAAGGAAAGUUCCAGAGCUGGGAGAGCUGUUCACUCCCUCAGCACGGUCCUUGCUGUCUGAGAAAAAUCAUGGAGUUUUGCAUGGUGCUGUUGUCCUCAUCACAGAGCUGUGUGAACGUAAUCCAGACACCCUUGACCAGUGUCGGAAGGCUGUACCAGAACUUGUUCAGAUCAUGAAAGGUCUGGUGAUGUCCGGUUACUCGCCGGAACACAACGUUGCUGGCAUCAGCGACCCUUUUCUUCAGGUGCGCAUCCUGCGUUUGUUAAGAAUUCUGGGGCGCAAUAAUGACACAGCUAGUGAUGCCAUGAAUGACCUGCUGGCUCAGGUGGCUACAAACACAGACAGCAGCAAGACUGCAGGCAGUGCUGUGCUGUACGAGACCGUGCUCACCAUCAUGGACAUCAAGUCAGAGAGUGGGCUCAGGGUUCUUGCUGUGAAUAUUUUGGGUAGAUUUCUUCUAAAUAAUGACAGAAAUAUACGUUAUGUGUCUAUGACGUCACUGCAGAAGAUUGUUCAGACAGACCACAAUGCUGUUCAGCGACACAGGGGCACUAUUGUCGACUGUCUGAAGGACCAAGAUGCAUCUGUGCAACGUCGGGCUCUCGAGCUGUCCCUGGCUCUGGUGUCAGCAGUGAACAUUCGCUCCCUGAUGAAGGAGCUCCUCCUCUUCCUCUCCAGCUGCCCCCUGGAGCUGCGAGCGCACACCACCUCAGGCAUCUUCAUCGCCGCCGACCGGUACGCGCCCUCUCAGCGCUGGCACAUUGACACCAUCCUGCAUGUCCUCACCACGGCCGGUGGCGACGUCAGGGACGAGACGGUACCCAACCUGAUCCAGCUCAUCACCACGGCUGCCGAUCUGCACUGCUACACUGUUCACAAGCUCUACAGGGCACUGGUGACCGACAUCUCACAGCAAUCCCUGGUGCAGGUGGCCUGCUGGUGCAUUGGCGAGUACGGGGACCUGCUGAUGAAGGGGGAGUGUGAGGAGACGGAGCCGGUGCAGGUGACGGAGGAUGACGUGCUGGAUGCCUUGGAGACGGUACUGCAGUCUCACAUGUCGUCACCGGCGACCAGGGCGUUUGCCCUCACGGCCACCAUGAAGCUCAGCACGCGCAUCACAAACAAUGUGGAUCGUAUAAGGAGCAUCGUCAGUAUUUACGGUAGCUGCAUUGACGUGGAACUCCAGCAGAGGGCAGUGGAGUACAAUGCGCUGUUCAAGAAAUACGAUCACAUGAGGGCUGCUGUGUUGGAGAGAAUGCCUGUGAUUGACAAGAACUCGCCAGGCCACAGCAAUGGAGACUUCACAGCAGGACUCAAAGAGCCAGAGCUGAUCAAGGUCAAACAGGCAGAAACUGACCGGCCUCAGGAGACAACAAACCAGGCCUGUGAUCUGCUGGGUCUGUUGGGUGAUUCGGACCAGCCCUUGCAGCCCAACCCUGCGCAGCCCACUGCAGCCCCCAGCUCGGUCAGCGCCAACAUAGGCGGAGACCUGCUGGACUUGCUCGGCGGUCUGGACCCCAUUCCUGCGCCAACUGUUACAGUGUACGAGAAAAAUGACUUGACCUUAAAGCUACAAACUGACAAGAAAACCGAUACGGGAGUGACUGUCACCUUCACCGCCUUCAACUCCUCAGACACGGACAUCGGCAGUUUCACUCUACAAGUGGCUGUACCCAAGAGUGUUCAGCUACAGAUGAAGGCUCCGAGUGGUGAUGUCAUCCCAGCCCAGGGUGCAGGUCAUGUGACUCAGACUGUUUUCCUCAGCAACCCCAACAAGGUGAACCUGAAGAUGCGAGUUCGUGUGCAAUAUUCUAAACAAGGCUCUUUGUGUCAGGACAUGCUUCAGAUCGACACCUUCCCUGCUCCCGCAUGGCAGUGAGCUGCCUGCCUGUCUGUCUGCACACGGUCACUCUGUGUUCUCACCCCCAGCAAGAGGGGCUUCUCUGCAGACUCUUUGGCAGCUCUGUGAAUACUGGUUGGUUGGUUUGUUUGGUGGUUCUAACCACAUGCUCUUUUGACCUGACCUGAUACAGUCACUGGCCUGUGCUGCCAGCAGACGUCUUAAGUGGCAUUCCCAUACAUCAUAUUUCAGUGCAGUUCUUGUGGUCUGAUUCAGCGUUGAGCAUUGUUUGAUGUCAUAAGGAUACUGGUCCAGCUGGUUUCCAUUCCAACACAGAAAUCUGGAAGAGUGGUGGAGUUCUUAGACUAUAGUCCAGUGAAAACGGAGCCUGACGUAUGAGUAACAGUUCCAGGCUGUUGCAGAACCCCACAGUGCCUCCAUGCCUGUGUCUAAUUAAUAAUCCAAAUCAGGAGGACUUUGCAUCCAUUACCACUUAGGCAAACACUUGUAACACCUAUACAGUAUAUCUAAACGUAAGCCAUCAUUUUGCUGAUUGCACCGACCUGAUUGGCAGUCAGGAAUGUGCUAAAGAAAAAAAAAAUAAUGCAGAUUACAUUUAGUCUUUUAAUUAAUGCUUCCAUCCAAAGCAUUUUAAAUCAAAGAUUAUAAUUCAUAAUCUUUGGUUUAGAGUACAUUGAAGCCAUACAUAUUGUGAGUGCUUGUGUUUGUGAAUGUAACUCCUUGGCACUGCUAACAUCCUACCCCGCUGACGAUGCUACAGCUUUAACUCCACUAUUUAUUAUAACUCCUUUUCCUGGUCCAGAGAACAUUGCUGCUCAUUGGUCAGGUAGAGCCACAUGAUCACGAUCCCUGAAUGCCUUACCUACUUUUUUGUAUACCUCUUUUCUUCAGCCCCUUUAAGGGCUACUAUCCAUCUAAAGUGCUACAUGGAAUUACAUUUUCUCAUGUUUUGGUUGAUGUAAGUUUCUUUAAGGAUGGCAGACUUUACCCUCUUGAGUUGGUGGGAUCAACCCCCAACCAGUACACUUGCUGGAACACUAAACCUGGUGCACGGUCCUCACUGGAUCAGUUCACUUUUUAAUCAUUUACCAGGGUUACUAGGACGUUUUAACCAAACCAAUUAUUCUAUUACAAACCAGAUUUAUGAUAUCAUAUCAGUAUUUAAAAAUUCUUCAUAUUGGCACACUAAAUCCAUCAAAUCCAACGUCCACGUAAUUUUAAACGGUUAUAAAAUGAUUUCUGCUGUUUUAUCUCAAGUGUUUGAGAUAUUUAAUGAAGUUCACUACCUGGCCAAAAACAAAGUCACAAACCCAUUUUGUCGAACCAACUUUAGCUUUGAUUACAGGAUGUAUUUGCCCUGGCACUGCGAAGUCACAUUUAUUUACAUCCAGUUUUUUGCAGAGGUCUUGACAUCAGGAGAGUUGCACCACUGUGUCUUGUCCAACACACCUCAAAGAGUUAAUACGAUUUAAAGGGGCUGUAGUCGAUGCUGGACGAGAUGUUGUUUUGUCUCAAAGCAAAAACACAACAGAGGGAGCUUACCCCUCCCAUCAUGUUCCAGUUUCCACUCUAGUUUGCUUAUGGUUUGGGGAACAUGCCUCCGAGAACAGACAGUGACAGUGUUAUGAGUCAGAAAUUGCUUACAGUAUCUUUAGGGUCAGGGUUCUGCGUUGGCCACUUGAUGUCUGAAAAUGACUCCCUUUGGUCCCUUAACCACAAGCUCACUUUCACAAUUGACCCAGCUGAAACGAGCCCUGGUCAUUUGCUAAUUUAAAUCCAAAAUGACUUUGAAUGAUUUUUUUGGCCAGGCAGUGUAAUCCUUUGGGGAUACAAUAACUUUUAGUGUUUUUUUAACAGCAGUUAAAUCCCUUUAUGGAACCUGUACAGUUAGUGUGUGCAGAGGACCCAGUUUUCUUCUAUGAGUAAUAAAGCACAACCAGUGUCAUGCACGUGUACACACAUUGGACUGGGAAAUGUAUGAAUCGUUCUGAAAAGUGAUGUGGAUGGACAAUAUUGGCACAACCAGGGAAGAUUGGAAAGUGAAUAUUUCUUUGUUUGAAGUGAGUUUGGAUUUGUUGUCCUGAGUCAUUUUUAAAUAAAGUUUAUUGUAAACUUC